UCUGCAGCUACAUAUCUCUCUGUGUCUGCUCUGUAGCUACAUAUCUCUCUGUGUCUGCUCUGUAGCUACAUAUCUCUCUGUGUCUGCUCUGUAGCUACAUAUCUCUCUGUGUGUCUUUGCUCUGUAGCUACAUAUCUCUCUGUGUGUACAGCAUUCUUUCUGAUUCUACCCAUUUCUGUUUUCAUCCAUCUCUACCUCAACUUUUUCCUCUCAGUUGCCUCUCUCUAUUCUCUCUGUCUCUCUCUCUCUCUCUCUUCCUCUUUCUCUGUCUCUCUUUGUAAUAGUCUACAUUCACCUCUGCUACCUGCGGUCUCACUAUGAGUGGUAAUCUGUGGACGGAGGAGCAGUUCAACUGUCCUGUGUGCCUGGACCUCCCCAAUGAGCCAGUCACCAUCCCGUGUGGCCACAGCUACUGCAUGGGCUGCAUCAAGGACUACUGGAGCAAGGACGACCCUCGCUCCCCUGGAGUCUACAGCUGUCCCCAGUGCCGCCAGACAUUCUGUCCCAAGCCCUCCUUGUCCAGGAACACCAUGCUGGCAGAGGCCGUGGAGCAGCUCCGCAAGGGGGCCCUCACCACCUCCGCCAGGGAGUCCAUCCGGAGCGCCCACCGUGCCAACACCAUGGGUAGAGCCAAGGGAGGUUCCCGUGGUGGUGGUGUCAGCCAGCUGCCAGCCAUGGCCGUGCCCUGUGACACGUGCCACGGCGCUGGAGACCAGCGGGCUGCGGUGAAGUCUUGCCUGGUCUGUAUGGCGUCCUACUGCGAGGCCCACCUGAAACCGCAUCAGACGAAAGCAGAGUUGAAAAAGCAUGAGCUGAUUGCGCCCACGGGCAAGCUGGCGCAGAAGAUCUGUACCGAGCACAAGUACCUGCAGGAGUUCUACUGUCGUCAGUGCCAGAUGUUUGUGUGCUGGCUGUGCACCAGUAACCAGCACAAGGACCAUGAGACCACCUCCACCAAGGCAGAGCGCACGGAGAGACAGAAAGAGCUGGCUGAGGUGCAGACAGAGAAUCAUCAGAGACUGAAAGAAAGAGAAGGAGAGCUGAAAGACAUGAAGAAGAUGCUGGAGGCAACAAAGCGGUCAGCAGACAGGGUACAUGAUGACACAGCGACGGUGCUGUCGGAGCUCCAGCGCUCGGUGGAGAGGCUCCAGGAGCUGGUGGAGGGUGUGAUGAACCAGGCUGGGCAGGAGAAAGUAAGCGAGGCCCAGGACGUGGUGGACAAGCUGGAGGCCGAGAUCUCUGAGCUAAAGAGGAGAGACAAGGACAUGAAGGAGGUGUUCCGCUGCGAAGACAACAUCCACUUCCUAGAGACCUGUGAGUCUCUGUGCAGCCCGUUUGAGUGUAAUGAUCUGUCGUGUGUGGUGGCCAAUCCAGAGGCUACGUUUGAGCCUGUACGUGAAGCCAUCCUGAACUUACGGGAGAGAGUGGAGGACAUGUGCAACGUGGAACUGGGCAAGAUCACCAAGACAGUGAAUGAUACAACACUGUUCACCUUAGGAGACAAAGCAAAACAAAAUGGCGGCCAGAAGACAGGAGGGUUCAGGAGUUUGUUUUCUGGUCUGGGAUCCAAAACAACAACAAACAACAUCCGUCCUGCAGCUCCCACACCGACUGUCUCCGUGGCGGUUCGAGGUCCUAACUCACGUGGUGUAGGCCUGCGCUCUCAGGAUGUUAGGAGCAGAGAGGAACCACGAGCUGACAGAGACAGGCCGAGGAGAGAGGAGAGAAAACCAGCCAGAGAGGCAGCCCCCAGUCCAAGCACCAGAUCUAGUCCCGCUCAGAGCCGGAGAAAGCCAGCCAGAAAUAGCCCUACCCAAAGUCGAAGAGAGACGCGCAGACGCAGUCCCAGUACCAGUCCAAGUCGUAGAGAGCCAGCCAGUCCCAGCCCCACUACAAGUCGUAGAGAUCCAGCCAGACCCAGUCCCAGUCCAAGUCGUAGAGAGCCAGCCAGACCCAGUCCAAGUCGUAGAGAGCCAGCCAGACCCAGCCCUACUCCCAGCCGGAGAGAGACACCCAGACCAGAACCCACCACCCCCCCUACCCCCGGUGCUGUUACCAAAGCCACCCCAGCCUCAGGAGCUUUCAGCCGGAUGGGCUCCAUAGCAAGUCUCUUCCGCUCCCAUCGACGUGCCACACCGGCACCUGGGCCAGUCAACAACAACACUGGUGGAGUUAACCCAUGGGGGAUGGGUGCACUGACUGAAUCCCAACCAGAAGUGAAUACCAGCCUUUUCCUGGAUCCACUGACCCCUGACCCCAUCAUGAAUCAGAUGCCAGCUUUCCCUGCAUUGAGGGAGAUAGACAUCUCUAGCAUCCAGGCCCCAGAGCCCAGGAGCAGAGAGGAGUUCCUGCAGUAUGCCUGUACCCUGACCCUAGACACGAGGACAGCCCACCGACGUCUGAGCCUGUCGGAGGGCAACACCAAGGCCACCCUACAGGGGGCAGGGCAGCCCUACCCAGACUGCCCCCAACGCUUCGAUGGCUGGACCCAGGUGCUGUGCCAGGCCCCCCUGUCCUCCCAGCGUUGUUACUGGGAGGUGGAUUGGCGGGGGAAGGGGUCAUCAAUGGGCGUGGCUUAUGGAGCCCUGAGCAGGAAGGGGGCAGACGCCAGGGCGGGGCUUGGCUACAAUGCCCAAUCAUGGAGCCUGGAGCUGUCGGAUACGUGUUGCACAGCAAUGCAUGACAAUGAGAAGAGGGAGAUCCCGGUGACGUACUCGCCGCGUCUGGGGUUGUUCCUGGACCUCAACGCGGGCACCCUGGCGUUCUAUAGCGUGGCGGAGAGCAUGGCGCACCUGCACACGUUCCGCGCCAACUUUACACAGCCACUGUAUGCAGCCUUCGGGGUGGGGAGUGGGGUUGGUGUUGGACUGGACUUUGCUCUGGGUCAGUUCAGCCAGACAUCUGACAGCAUCAAGAUCUGCCCCAUGUGACGAGAACUACGACCUCUGUAUAGAUCUGCCCCAUGUGACGAGACCUACGACCUCUGUAUAGAUCUGCCCCGUGUGACGAGACCUACGACCUCUGUAUAGAUCUGCCCCGUGUGACGAGACCUACGACCUCUGUAUAGAUCUGCCCCGUGUGACGAGACCUACGACCUCUGUAUAGAUCUGCCCCAUGUGACGAGACCUACGACCUCUGUAUAGACCUGCCCCGUGUGACGAGACCUACGACCUCUGUAUAGAUCUGCCCCGUGUGAUGAGACCUACGACCUCUGAAUAGAUCUGCCCCGUGUGACGAGACCUACGACCUCUGAAUAGAUCUGCCCCGUGUGACGAGACCUACGACCUCUGUAUAGAGCUGCCCCAUGUGACGAGACCUACGACCUCUGUAUAGAUCUGCCCUGUGUAACGAGACCUACGACCUCUGUAUAGAUCUGCCCCGUGUGAGGAGACCUACGACCUCUGAAUAGAUCUGCCCCAUGUGACGAGACCUACGACCUCUGUAUAGAUCUGCCCUGUGUAACGAGACCUACGACCUCUGUAUAGAUCUGCCCCGUGUGAGGAGACCUACGACCUCUGAAUAGAUCUGCCCCAUGUGACGAGACCUACGACCUCUGUAUAGACCUUCCCCGUGUGACGAGACCUACGACCUCUGUAUAGAUCUGCCCCGUGUGACGAGACCUACGACCUCUGUAUAGAUCUGCCCCGUGUGACGAGACCUACGACCUCUGUAUAGAUCUGCCCCGUGUGAUGAGACCUACGACCUCUGUAUAGAUCUGCCCCGUGUGACGAGACCUACGACCUCUGUAUAGACCUGCCCCGUGUGACGAGACCUACGACCUCUGUAUAGAUCUGCCCCGUGUGAGGAGACCUACGACCUCUGUAUAGACCUGCCCCAUGUGAUGUGACCUACGACCUCUGAUCCCCAUCUGCUAUCACCGCUUUAUAGGACAUAAUUUAACAAGAAUUAGUUUGUUUCCUAAACAUUUACAAAACAGCCCAAAUGCUGCACUUCUGACAAACAAAUGAUGUACAAACACUAAUAGAAGACUGAACUGACAAAUGGUGUGGGGUGUAGUGUGUAUGUACACACACGUCCAUUAGUUAUAACACAUUAAAUAUAACACAACCAAAUCAUUUCUCAUGUCCUUUAUUAAAACAAAAGCACCAAAAAGGUAAUCUUGGGUAUUUUAUGAAGCAUGGAGGAGAGGCGCCAGGUCGAAAACCAAUAAUGAACACUUCCAACGACACAGAGCCCAUAAGGACCAUCACCCAUCAGCUACAUUCAAUAGAGCCAACGGUAUGAGUCAUAGAACGAACAGUGUCUUCACCCCUCUCCUCCUAUACCUCCCCCAUAGCAGAAACCCUAGUAUAAAACUGAUGCUCUUUCCUCGUGGUUACAUAGGUAAUACAACACACACAAGCCAACACAAAGCAUUUCACUGUAUUUAAAAAUGAGUUUUGGUUUGCACUGAUAUACAGUUUUAAAUACAUGACAGCUUGGAUUCCCUUUUCAAUGGUUCAUCACACAAUGGAGGCACAAAAAAAAAAGUAAAAUAAAUGUCUACAUGAAAUGAUAAAUAACUUAUUACCUUUGAUAAUAAUACAGUAUUUGAUGCUAUAACCUAGUCUAUAUAUCAAUAUUUGUCACUAAUAAUAUUUCCUAACUAGUGAUCUCUGUAAAUCAGGUUAAAAAGUGCAGUACAUGAGUGGGAUAGGUCAGAUGGACGGACGGACGGUAAGAAAAGAGGUAUAGCAGGGACGUCUGAGGGUCACACCAGGGGUCAAGUAUGGGUCAAAGGGCACAGGGUCAAAGGGUCACACACUAGUCUAGCUAGCUUGAAAUACAGAACCUGUUUAGCUAGCAUUCCACUUCAUGUACUCUGUGUCAUGUGAACACUGGAGUGGAAUGAGAACACAGACUGGUACCCAGGCUCUAGUCUAGCCCCUCCCCACUACACACUCCAGUAGACCUGAAAGGAAAAACAAUAUGGGAUUUGUUUGAUCUUGACCUCUGAUAGGCUAGCUGGAAUUUCCCCAUAUUGCUUAGGCUCUGCCGCUAUACCCAUCAAGUCCUUUCAGAUUUAAAAUAAACAGCAUUACAGGGGAAGGUACUAAAGACCGUUAGUCUCAUAGCUGUUCAAUAUCACACAACACCAUGUUGCCCUCUACUGGCCGCUGAGUGAAUAGAGUACCUUUUAAGACCAUAACCACAGUAGUAGUGAACCAUGCAUUAGAUGAGACUCAGAGCUAACCUGGAUUAAAACAUAGUACACCCACUACUACCUAGGAUGCUGAUGGCUCCCCGUUUGGGACCAAACCUCUUGUACCAGGGGCGAGUCUGUCAGGAUUUCACAGGUGUAAGCAAUUUGGUAAUAAAUCUACCUUGCCCUCUGAUAGGCUAGGUGGAAGUAUCACCAUAUUGGUUAUACCAAUCAAAUCCUCUCAGAUCUCCACAAGCUGAGGAAUAGUCCAUCCCA